GCUGAGUCACAUACCAUGGCCCUUCUCUGGGUUGUCCUUGGCUUCUUCCUCUUUGGCAGCAGCUUCGGCUGCGGGGUCCCCACCAUCGACCCUGUGCUGAGCGGCCUGUCCAGGAUCGUCAACGGGGAGGACGCUGUCCCCGGCUCCUGGCCCUGGCAGGUGUCCCUGCAGACCAGCUCCGGCUUCCACUUCUGCGGGGGCUCCCUCAUCAGCGAGGGCUGGGUGGUCACCGCCGCCCACUGCGGGGUCAGGAAGAGUCACCUCGUGGUGGCCGGGGUGUCUGAUCACGGCUCCGAGGAGGAGGCAGUCCAGGUGCUGAGGGUCGCUGAGGUCUUUGAACACCCCCUGUGGGACCUGCGCACGGUCCGAAACGACAUCGCCCUGCUGAAGCUGGCCACGCCCGCGAGCCUCUCUGGGACUGUGUCCGCCGUGUGCCUGCCCAGCGCCAACGCCAGCUUCCCUGCAGGCUCCCUGUGCGCCACCACGGGCUGGGGCAAGACCCGGUACAACGCUCUCGAGACCCCCGACAAGCUGCAGCAGGCGACCCUGCCCAUCGUGUCCAACGCCGACUGCAGGAGGUACUGGGGCAGCAAGGUCACCGACAUGAUGAUCUGUGCGGGCGCCAGCGGCAUCUCCUCCUGCAUGGGUGACUCUGGUGGCCCCCUGGUCUGCCAGAAGGAUGGAGCCUGGACCCUGGUGGGCAUCGUGUCCUGGGGCAGCGGCCGGUGUGGCCCGUUCUCACCAGGCGUGUACACCCGGGUCACCAAGUUUAUUCCCUGGGUUCUCGGAGUUCUAGAGGCCAACUGAGCCUCUGCCCUGCCCCAGCCCCCAUGUGUGUAAAACCCAAAUAAAACUGCUUGCAUCUUCA